CAAAUGUUUCACACUCUCUUCAACCCUCGACAGAUAUACUCAAUUGGCUCUAUUAUCACUAGAAAAAUGCAUAUAAAAUCUAUUCCUAUGUGGACGGGAACCAGUGACAACUACUCUUACUUGAUCAUUGAUGAUAAGACAAAGGAUGCUAUGAUUGUGGACCCUGCGCACCCCCCGGAGGUGCUCCCUGUCCUUGGGAAGGAGAUCUCCGAAAACGGGAUUAACCUGAAAGCUAUCAUCAACACUCACCAUCAUCGCGACCACGCUGGCGGCAACAAUGGAAUACUGGAAAAAUAUCCCCAACUUCAAGUACUGGGUGGAAAAGACUGUGAAGCAGUAACGCGCAAGCUGGCAGACGGGGAAACCUUCAAUAUUGGCGAGGGAAUAAUGGUAAAGUCGUUACACACGCCAUGCCACACACAAGAUAGUAUCUGCUACUAUGUGGAGGAUUCAGGGGAUAAAGCGGCCUUCACGGGUGAUACCUUAUUUAUAGCUGGAUGCGGGAGGUUCUUCGAAGGGACAGCAGAAGAGAUGCACAAGGCACUCAAUACUACGCUCGGCUCGUUGCCAGAUGACACGAAGGUUUACCCGGGGCAUGAGUACACGAGAUCCAAUGUUCGCUUUGGGAAAUCCGUCAUUUGUUCACCGGCGAUACAGAGUCUGGAAAAGUUCUGUGAAGAGAAUACGGAGACCCAAGGCAAAUUCACCAUUGGUGAUGAAAAGGAGCACAAUGUCUUUAUGCGUGUUGAUGACCCCGCUAUCCAGGAGAAGACAGGAGAAAAAGAUUCGGUCAGCGUUAUGAAGAAGCUUCGUGAGAUGAAGAAUAGCUUCAAGUAAUUGCCACAACUUUGCUUGCAACCCUGGCUCCCCUUAGCAAUUGUUUGGCUGUGUGGGCCGACGGAGAAUUUGGGGCUGUUGUAGCAUCACUGUACUGGAAAUGCAAUUGGAGCGGAGAAAAGACUGAUUCCAA